AUGACCAAUAUGUUAGCCUGUAAUCCCAAAAGUACUGAUCGUGUCUUUAUGACUCCCUACUUGAGGGAAUACAUUUCCAACGGUUAUGCCGAGCAUCCGGAUUUAUAUACAGAUGACUUUCGAAUCUUGGACGAACUAAGAAAUGACUGCAUCUUUAUGGAAGCAAAUGAAAAGUCACUCAACAGACUUAUCAAAUACUAUGCUCAGCUUGUAUUUAUUAGCUCUAAGUUUCCUAUUGAUGUUGGUAUCGAGUUUCCUUGGUACGUAUCAACUGCAAUGGAAGCACCGCAGAUAAUAGCUCAUCGAAAUAUGAAUUAUGAAAAGGCAUGUAUUCUAUACUCAAUAGGCGCCAUAUACAGCCAACUUGGAAACGCAGAAGAUCGAUCAACAACCGAGGGAGUGAAACGAGCAUGCAAUUAUUUUCAGGCAACAGGCUGUUUUCAACAUUUGUUAGAUGUUGUUAUACCCGAGAUGAGAAUCGCACCAACGAUCGAUUUGUCAACCUAUGCUCUGCAGACAUUGAUUCAUCUGAUGCUUGCACAAGCACAAGAGUGCGUCUGGCAGAAGGCUGCGAUGGAUCAACUUCGUGACGGAACGAUCGCAAGGUUGGCGAUCAAGAUAUCCGAGUUUUAUGAUGCUGCUUAUGAGUUUGCUUCCAACUCAUUCGUUCAAAAUGUAUACCCAAAGUCAUGGCUAAUCCAUGUACAAGUCAAGGCAUUUCAUUUUAAAGCGGCUGCUCAGUUCAGAAAAUCAUGUGAAUGUCUAUCCUUGGACAAAUAUGGCGAGGAAUUAGCUCGAUUACACUUUGCGUCCGAUAUCGUGAAGCGUGCAUUAGAAAUUAUCAAAGCCAAUCAAAAACUGCUUUCUAUACCUGUCGUCAAUGACUUGAAAUCACUGCAGCAGAUUAUCUCAGCAAACCUUGCAAGAGCCCAAAAAGAUAAUGAUGUUAUCUACUUAGCAAGAGUACCGCCCGUAUCAUCCUUACAGCCAAUCUUGAAGACUCAAAUGGUCAAAGCUACUGCUCCUCCAGAAAUUUCUGACCCUGUGCCCCUUAUGCUCAAUAAUGAAAGCAGUCUGGAUACACCACCUCAUCCUAUCAUUGGUUUGCCCUUAUUUCAGAAACUUGUUCCAUUUGCAGUUCAUCAGGCGGCUAGUGUAUACGUAGACAGAAAGGAGCGAUUGGUGAAAGAAGAUAUUAUAGCGAAACUUGAAGAAUUGACAGGUGUAUACCACAGUUCUGUUGAAUCAUUAAACCUACCUACAUUAUUGGCCACGGUUGAACAUACAACGGGCUUACCAGAGUCCAUUCUGAGACAAGCGGCCGAAGUAAGAAGUGAAGGCGGCAUACAAGCAUUAUAUAAUAUGUGGGAGCAGGUUCAGAAGGCCUCUUCUAGAAAUGCAAACAUUCUAGAGGAGGCUUUUAAUGCUCUAGAUGAAGAACAGGAAACGGAUGAAGCGCUUCGAUCAAAGUAUACUUCAGCAUGGAACCGGCCAGAAUCCACAACGUUAACACGACAACUAGUAGCUCAAGGACAGAAGCAUAGACACACUAUAACAUCUGCUCAAAAGGCAGAUGCUAUUGUCAAGAGCAGACUGGAUACGUGGUCAAAGAUUAUAAGCAUCCUAACUUUAACAAGAGAGGAACUUGAGGAAUCUAUUCCGUCAGAUGAUAGUACAGAAAAUGGCAAAUCCCAACAAGACAGCUUGCUUCGUAUCAAACGACUCAUAGAAGACAUGAAUCAACAUUUGAGAAUUCGUAGAGACUUGAUCGAUCAAGCCAAAAAGGCAGCCAAUGCAGAUGAUAUUUCUCCAGCCUUGUUAAAGAAGGCAGCAGAACUAACAGCCAAAUCACCUACGGUCAAGAUUGAAGCAGCACAAUUUGAAGAUUUGUUCAUUGUUAACCUACGGAAAUAUGAUAGCUUUGUAAUGACAGUGGACAAGGAGGAUGAGCAACAGAGCAUUAUUUUAAGGCAAUUGAAUGAUGCAUAUCAUCAAUAUAUGACAGGGACGCCUAAUAACGGAUCAGCUAAAAGAGAAAAGGCACUUCAAAAUCUUCACCAGGCGUAUCUGAAAUAUAAAGAGAUUAGAACUAAUCUGUCAGAGGGACUUAAGUUUUAUGCUGAGCAUGCAAAGGGAUUAAAGUCAUUCUGUGAUGCAUGUAAAGACUAUUGUAAUAGACGUCAACUAGAGUCAGAACAAAUGAUAAGGUAA